AGCGGCGCCGCAAACCCUCGGCGCAAGGGAGGCGGCCGCGGCGGCGUCUGCAUCUGCUGCCCGCGGGGAAGGCGGCGCUCCAGGCCCGGCGGAGCCGCACUCGGGCGGGAGCCUGGCGGCAGGGGCGCGGCGGGCGGGCAGCUCGCGCCUGGCUGGGUGCGGGGGCCCCCCCGGGCGCUCCGAGACCCGCAAGAUGCGCGCGCCCGUGCCCAGCCUGCUGGCCUGGCUGGCGCUGCUGCUGCUGGGGAGGGCGGCGCGCCCGGCCGACGCCUGCAGCUGCUCCCCGGUGCACCCGCAGCAGGCCUUCUGCAACGCCGACCUAGUGAUCAGAGCAAAGGCUGUCUCCGGAAAAGAGGUGGAUUCUGGGAAUGAUGUUUAUGGGAAUCCGAUCAAACGGAUCCAGUAUGAGAUCAAGCAGAUAAAGAUGUUUAAAGGACCUGACAAGGACAUAGAGUUAAUUUACACAGCUCCUUCCUCGGCUGUGUGCGGGGUGUCACUGGACACUGGAGGGAAGAAGGAAUAUCUCAUUGCAGGCAAGUCCGAAGGCAAUGGCAAGAUGCACAUCACACUGUGCGACUUCAUCGUCCCUUGGGACUCCCUGAGUGCCACCCAGAAGAAGAGUCUGAACCAGCGGUACCAGAUGGGCUGCGAGUGCAAGAUCUCCCGCUGCCCCUCCAUUCCGUGCUUCGUCUCGUCUUCGGAUGAAUGUCUCUGGACAGACUGGGUGACGGAGAAGAACAUCAACGGGCGACAGGCUAAGCAUUACGCCUGCAUCAAGAGGAGCGACGGCUCGUGCGCAUGGUACCGUGGCAUGGCCCCACCCAAGCAAGAGUUUCUCGACAUCGAGGACCCCUAAGCUGAAUAGCUGCAUUCCAGUACCCAAUAGAAAGGCCUGCAGGAAAUUAGACUGGUCCACCUCUGACAUCACUUCCUGGAAACAGCAUGAAAAUUCAGUAUCCCAAGUGGGUCCCAAUCGGGGAGAUUAAAUGCCACGUGCUUCCAAAGCGGGGUGAGGGGCCACACCAUUGUAUUUAGUCCCCAGCUGUGCUUUCCCGUUCCUUCCUUUCACAGGUGCAGUGGGGCGAGGGAUGGCUUCAUACUGUUCAGGGGAGAAUCCUGAACCAGCCGGACUUUGAUCCACAAGAUCCCAGUGCUGUUCUGGAGGAAACCAGAAUGCUGGAGGGUUGAUGUCUCUCACUCUGUGUAGCAGGCCUACCAGGUUCCCCUCACCUGGGGCGGGAGUGUCCCUUGCUUUGGGUAGCUCCUGCCCCUCGAUCCCCCAGCACAUUGGUGUCUCUUUUCAAACAGGCUUCUCCACUGCCAGCAGAUACACCAGCAUUCCUCAAAUCUCCUUUGUGAGCCCUCUAGUCCUACUGCCCCCCUUGUCACACGCACCCCCACCUCUUGGGCUAGAAGGGAGAGCCCGUGAAAGGUAGCACUGGCUGAGAGUCCCAGCUGGACCGCAGGCACCAGGAAAGGAUUUGGCUCUAGCGAAGUCUCCUUAGCCCUUUGUCAAGUAAGAUAAAGGCCCGUUGCACUGACACAGUGUCCCUGUGAUCCCCAGCAUCAGCAGAACCAUCUUUUGAGGGGGACCAGAGAGUCGCCUUCUCACUCAUUUGCAAGCACUGUUGUUAUUUCAUGCUUCCCUCCAAGUCAGUGGGUGCUGAGGCUGGACCUCUGGGGUGGUGCCUGUGUGAGACCCCUGUAGGCUUUGGUCCUGUGCCUUCAUCCUGGCAGUUUAGUAAAGAAAGUCAGUCCCCUGGUGGGUAUGUGUGUUCCCUGCUGUGUGUAGCUGCUGGAUUUGUGUCCGAGUGCAUGCUUGUGCCGUCAGCAUAGUGCUAAUGCCAAGUUCCAGGUUAGGGGAAGGGUUUAGCCUGUCGGACUAUGCAAGCAGCAGAGGUAUUAUUGUGAAUUCAUCGCUCAGCAGGACAAUGCACUGAGAGUGCUCUAGCCCCACAGACAGUGGCAUGCUGACAAUGACCCAGAGCAGCUUCCCUUGCCGAGAGCCUCUAUUCCCAGCAAAUGGUGUGAAUGCAGGAGCUGGCAAAUGGAAGCUUAUUCCAAGUGUUCUGCCGAGAAACACAGCGCAGUGAGAGAGACCCCACCAGGAGGCGGUAUUUUUAUACCCACUGACGGCUGUUUGCUGAUCUCAGCUGUGAGGCUCUGACGGCGAGCUGUAAUAAAAGUAAAGCUUUUCAGACCCUCUUCUCCUACGCAGUGAGGGUGCACCCGCGCGCACACACACAACAAACCUGGCCUCUGGCUGCCUACAACCGAAGGCCCCACAUCCUUCUGUGAAACCCGCCCAGCCAGCCUCAACCCCAUUCUUCUUCGGAGCCCGUUCCAUUUUGCUGAGGCACUAGAGAGCGCUGCAGAGCUAGCCCACCUGGAACGCAGACAGCACAGACCUUUGUGAGAGAAAAUCCGGAUCUCCUGGCUAGAGCAGGUUUGGGCAUGUCCUGAAAUUAUCCCUGCAGACCAGCUUCAGGGGCAUUUUCAUGCUGUGCAUCGGUGUAAGAUUUUAAUGAUGUCAUAUUGGACCAGUCUGGGUGACUUCAAUAUAUAAAAAUGAAGAGGGGAAAAAAACUAAUCAAUUCAAUAUAAGACUCCUGUUUGCUUACUGUAUGGUUAUAUCAUAGGUGACAUUUACUCCUGUCUCUGCUCUAUCUUUGAUUUUAAGGUUUCAGUUCGUUUUGGCAUCCGCUGUAUCAUUCCUGUGCUGUAACUUUUUAAUUUCCUUGUUAGCUAUUAGAACUGCACUUACUUUUUUUAAAAGCAUUUCUGCAUUGGAAGCAUUCAACAUGAAGUGGGAAGAGUGUCGAGAAAGUCUGUGGAGGGUUGAGUCCUCCAGAUUUUUCUGUUUGUUAUUUUCCCUCCUCCCUAUCCCCCUCUUCUGCAAAGUGCACAAGUCUUCAGAAGUUGGAUUUGAAGAUGGGAUGUACCAUACAUGUGCCUCUUUCUAGUUUGUCUCCAAGGCCUUGCUGAACAACAAUAUCACGACUGUCGGCAAGCACGAUAGGUGAGCCUCACACAAAAUAACUGCAAAAAUCUCUUUCUAUAUGUCAGGUAUAUGAAGGAUGCUUGAUUGGCUUUUUUAAUUUAUGUCUUCUGUUCUCGGUUCCAUUCUCUGCCCUUCCUUCCUAGCUCCAGUCUCCUCCUCCAUGCAAGCAAUUUAAAAUAUUUAAAAAAAUAAAAAGUUUACAUUAUAGUUAUUUUCAAAUCUUUGCUUGAUAAGUAUUAAAAAUAAGGAGUAUCUAACUUGCUGCCAUAAUUUAAAGCUUUUGGGUGGGGUUUUUGUUUGGGUUUUUUUGGAGCAAUAUGUUUUUGCUGGAAUCUGAAGUCUGAGACCUUCUUGUGCUGGAAACACAUGAAAGUUGUUGAAUAAUGACAAGCAGACUGUGCAUGUCUCUGACGCUUUGUAUAAUUCAUAUGUGGACGUUCAGUCUUUGGACAAUAAACAGUAUUCUAAAAAAUUAGAUAA